CGGCAGCGCCGUCCCCGCCGGUCCCGCCGCGGCACGGGCAGCGGACGGGCGGCCCCGCGACACCCGCGCCGCUGCACCCGCCCGAGGGGCUCGGUCCCCCCGCCCGCCCGCUGCCCCUCCUCUGCCGGCGCAGCCCAAGCCAUGCUGCUCCUGGCCGCCGCCUUCAUCGUGGCCUUCGUCCUCCUCCUCUACAUGGUGUCGCCGCUUAUCAGCCCCAAGUCCCUGAAGCUGCCCGGCGCGCACGUCGUGGUAACUGGAGGCUCCAGUGGGAUUGGAAAAUGUAUUGCUAUUGAAUGCUAUAAGCAAGGUGCUUUCAUAACACUGAUUGCAAGGGAUGAGAACAAGCUGUUACAGACAAAGAAGGAAAUAGAAAAGUACUCUGUUAAUGACAAGCAGGUUGUACUUUGUAUUUCCGUUGAUGUGUCUAAAGACUACGAACAGGUGGAGAAUGUUCUAAAACAGGCUCAGGAGAAGUUGGGGCCAGUUGACAUGCUUGUAAACUGUGCAGGAACAUCAGUUACAGGAAAAUUUGAGGAUAUUGAAGUGAAUUCUUUUGAAAGAUUAAUGGCAGUCAAUUACCUGGGGAGUGUUUACCCGAGCCGAGCAGUAAUCGCUACCAUGAAGGAACGCAGAAUGGGAAGGAUUGUAUUUGUAUCAUCUCAGGCUGGGCAAUUAGGCCUGUUUGGAUAUACAGCAUAUUCUCCAACAAAAUUUGCUCUUCGAGGGUUGGCUGAAGCCCUGCAAAUGGAGGUGAAACCUUACAAUGUCUACAUAACAGUGGCCUAUCCUCCAGAUACUGAUACUCCUGGCUUUGCAGAAGAAAGUAAAACAAAGCCCUUAGAGACGAAGCUGAUUUCUGAAACCUCAUCUGUUUGCCAAGCAGAACAAGUUGCCAGAGUUAUAGUGAAAGAUGCCAUACAAGGGAACUUUAACAGCUCGGUUGGAUCAGAUGGUUACAUGCUGUCAAUAUUGACAAGUGGAAUGUCACCAGUCACUUCUAUUACUGAAGGUCUUCAGCAGGUUGUUUGCAUGGGCAUUUUUCGCAUCAUUGGCCUAUUUUACCUAGGAAGUUUUGACAGCAUAGUUCGUCGCUGCAUGAUGCAAAGGGAAAAAUCUGAAAGUGCAGAUAAAACUGAGUAAUCUUUACUUUGAGUGGAAAGAAGAAUGUCAAGCGGUCCUGGACAGCUUGCUGCUUAAGUGGGACUCAGUUUUGCUCCUGAAGGAUUUAGGCUGGAAGUACUUGCUUGUGUGACAGAGGAGUCCCUUCAAAAGCUAUGAAAGAAAAAACAAAAGUACAAAUCCAGAAAAUGCCAAACUAUGCAAAAGUAUGAAUGAGGAUUAGAUACCUUUUUUUUUUUUUGGUGAUUUGAGUUGGAAAGAAUUUGGAGAGCUUGUAAGUGAUCUGCAGAAUAGAAUUUGAGAAUGGACUAUGGGAGGUAAUUCUGGACAAAUACUUAAGUUUUCUCACUUUGGUGCUUAUGGAUGAAAUAAGUACCAUGACAGACUGGGCUGUAGUAGAUUGAAGUCCCUGAACAAGU